AUGGGGACGAACCAUCGAUGCCCGCCGCUAGACCCUGUCGCGCCCUCGACGACCAUCGCCACCAUCCGUCGCCGGAGCCACCACGCCAUAACCUCGCCGGACGCCAUCGCCUACGUCCACCCUGCCGCAUGUCGUCCCCGUCCUCCUCCCCGACCCCCGCUGCCCCGUCCCCUACGAACCCCCGUGAGCUCCGCCGUCCGUCCCCUCCCUUCUCCUUUGAUCCGCAUCGCCGUCGCCCGCCUGUGCCUCGACGCUACCGAGCCCGGACCUGCUCGGGCCAAACCUGUCACCCCCUCCCUCACCGCGCCUUUAACGCCACUGGCCCGCUGCCGCGCCCCUCCCCGUUGCUACCCUGCUGCUGCUCGCGCUCCGCACCGCCCCAGUUGCCGCCGGGCGCGCGUGCCCGUGUCCCCGUUGCCUCCACCCGCCUCCAUCGCCAAGCUGCCGUGUUCCGCCUCGCCCCCCGCUUGCCACCUUGGGGCUCCGUCCCUCGCCUGUCUCGCCGCCUUCGCCCGGUCCGGCGCCCCGCCUCGCCCAGCCUGCCUCACCGCUGCCGGCCGCACCGGCCCCCGCCGCGCCGCUGGUCUCGCCCGAGGCCAGCGGCGUGCUCGUUCCACCGGGCGCUCGUGGCCGUGCCCCUGCGCCCGAAACCCAGUGCCCGUUAGGCCCCUCUAG